AAUGAGGUUAACGGAUUUUUCAAGAUGACCAAUCAGCGACUAAUACGUCUUACGAAAGCAAGUAAGUCAAACGGCCCGCCCUGACGUAGUCCAUUGAAGAAGAAGGACGGUCUCUCUGCAUACCAUCCUCAGAAGAAAUACGGUCAUGUCGACUACACUGACCAAGCUUUUUGUCGGGGGGCUGAACGUGUUGACCACAGAAGAUGGGGUCCGCAAGCACUUCGAGCAGUUCGGCACGCUCAGUGACUGCGUCGUGGUCAUGAACCAGCAACUCGGACGUUCCCGCUGUUUCGGCUUCAUCACUUACUCAACGCCGGAGGAGGCCGACGCAGCAAUGGCGGCUAACCCACAUGUCGUCGAAGGCCACGACGUGGAACUGAAGAGGGCCAUAUCGCGGGAGGACGCUAACAACCCGGACAUCCUCGCUAACGUAAAGAAGAUAUUCGUCGGCGGUGUGAAAGACCACGUCGAGGCGGAGAACCUGACCGAGUACUUCUCCCAGUUCGGCGUGGUGGAGAAGGCCGAGAUCAUCUCUGACAAGCAGACGGGCAGGAAGAGAGGCUUCGGCUUUGUCUUCUUCGAGGACAACGACUCCGCCACCAAAGCUGCGCUCACCCGGUUCCACACCAUCAACGGCAACAAGGUGGAGGUGAAGAAAGCUCUCACCAAGCAGGAGAUGUCCACCGGCGGCCGGGGAGGAAGAGGUCGGGGAAGAGGGAUGAAUAACUAUGGCGGCGGAAGAGGAGGCGGCGGUGGCUACGGAGGAGGCUACGGCGGCGGUUACGGAGGAGGCGGCGGCUACGGAGGAGGCUAUGGCGGGGGUUACAACAACGGCGGCGGUGGCGGAGGAUACGGCGGCGGAUAUGGUGGAUACGAAGAUUACGACAACCAGAUGGGGGGUGGGUACAGUAAUGGUGACUUUGGGGACGGGUACGGACAGCAGCACUCCAGUUAUGGUGCAAUGAAGGGGGGCAACUACUCCUACAGGAGCGGGGCUCCCUACAACAGAGGAGGCGGUGGAGGCGGCGGCGGCUACGGCAGGGGAGGCGGAGGUUAUGGCGGUGGCUAUUAAUGGCUCCUUUAGUUUUUGAGAUGUUCAUGGGGACAAUUCUGAUUACAACGAACUUGAAUUUACACACACACAACACAACAUAACACAACAACACAAGCCCAGUUGGGGUGAGGGGUCAGUUAAAGGGAGCAGCGCCCAUCACCCACAAAUGAAUGAAUGAAUGAGACUGUCCUCUGGAUCCUGGCUCCCUCCUCCACCCGGACACCCCAUCUGUCCUCUUAUUCCACACAUUAUGUACUUUACUACUACGAAUGGUGAAUUAUUGAAUUGUACUUUUUUUUUUCUUCUUUUGUUUAUGUUUUGGAAAGACUUGCUUUGAACCAUUUAUAUGUAAAAGAGGCGUAAUCUUUCUGUCAGUCACUGCUUCUCAGCUCAGAGAUGAGUUUGUUUGUCUUGCAAACCAGCCAGAUGUGUCUGUUAUUUUUGCAUCAUGAACUCAGGGUUUUAAGUAAAAAGUUGGUGGCAGUGUCGGGCAGCAUGGGACUCGAUUGCUUGAGUUUCUUGAUCUUAAAAACACACGUGACAAAGUAUUUUUUAAUUGAGAAAUGUCACGGACUUUUUUUUUUUGUCAGUUGUAAAUGACCUUUUCCACUCUUCCCGUCCCAUUACAGGCUUUUUGUUUGGAUUAAAAGUGUUUGGAAAUCCGUGUGUUCAGUUCACCCCCUAUGUUUAUUCUGCUUUUAUUAAAGUUUUUAAUGUUUUGAAAAUCCA